GUCAAUACUUGGGACAGUUUGGUUAGGGAUAAGCCCUUUCGGUGGGCCAGCCGCACUAUGUCAAAGAGAGUACGGUCCAAUGCGGACGUGACAUACAAGCACGAUAAUUUCCCUCAGCGAUGAGCCCGCACAAGAGCCUUUAUCCGUGCUCGACUGUGCUCCAACCGUCUCGUCGGCCAACUGGAUAUGAACCGAGCCGGGUCUGCCUUGGACUAGGGAGGGUUGAAGCAAGGAUAGCCAACCAAGCACUUUCCGUGAAAGGAAUAGGGGUCAAGGCCAGAGUAUUAUGCCAAACCAUACUUAGCCCCAACGACACUUUGGCCGUGAAUGGAAGCAUGGAGCUGGAAUGUACAAUACUUCAACACUUCCAUCCAGGCGUACGGCUCGAUGCAUGGACAAUCCUGGCGGCCAUGCAGAUAUCUGACCGGCCAGCAUUUGUUCGACACGACAAAAACAUUCCUCUCGAUGAGAUUAUUGCGAUUGAACCAGUAAAGCGAAUCCGACCCUUCAAACGGCCGCUAGCGGCAUGGGCCAAGAAGAUUUCAAAAUACCGACGACAAGCUAAAGAAACGUUUGGGGACGUUAUUCCAUUGGUUUUCUUCUGUCCCAUUAACCACACAGACAGCCACUACACGUUACUUUGAGAUUAAUGAACGGGAGCGAGUGAUUCGUCAUUACGAUUCGCUAGCUGAUCGAGGCGCUGUUAACCAGACCCGGAUGUCGAGAUUGGUCCAGGAAGAAUUUGGGGCCCUAAAGUUCUCCCCGCAAUAGAAUGAUGCUUGGAGUUGUGGUAUUAGAGUCGUCUAGACUUUCCAACGCUUGUCGAAUGGUCUUCCGAUCGGUGGGUGUGGAAUAAGGUACUGAACCUGGAACCCAUGUUACUAGAGAUAAUAAAUGGGCUAGUCACUUGUGUUGAAGAAAAUGCCAUGGAACGAUAUAGACGUUAACGGGGUCAGCUAAACUAAA